GCUUUGAGAUUCUAAAAACUCCUUGAAUUAAUCCUCACUCAUUUCCUCGUGAUUAGGAGCCAGCCACCUGGUACUCGAUCCGUCCCUACAUACACACACUCUCCCCAAUCACCAUCUAUACAUUUAAUACAUACACCCCUUCAUCUCUACACUCACGAGCCUCACCAUCUAUACACAAUACAUACACCUACAAACCCAACUCACGACUGAAGCUCAUGGAAGCCGUGAUGGGUUCGUCUUCAUCUUCCCCAUAUGUGAAACUGGUUUCUUACAGCGAGAAAACCAUUGGAUUUCUGUCUCUCAGGGAUGAUUUGUUGGGAGGCAAAUCACUGUUGAGAAUCCCCCUUCACCAUUCUCGUAAUCACCUCAAGAACAAAGAAGUCGAUUUCAAGCUCUCAAUCUCGGCUUCAUCAACACACAGUGGUGUUCGUCCUGCUUCUCUCUCAUCCUCUCGCACCCAGAUUCUUUAGCGGGUUUUAUUAUUUAAGGACUGGUUUUUCAUUUGGUCCUUUUCUAAGUGUUGGAAAGAUGCAGGCAGAGGUCGAGAACCAGGAACUGAUGAUAGAACAAUCACCAAACGGAUACACAAAAGCACCAACAGUUUGUGUAAGAUUCCAGUUACAGAGAGAAUGCUCGUUUGGCCAGAAUUUUCUAAUAGUUGGCGAAGAUCCAAUGUUCGGUUUAUGGGAUCCAAAUAAUGCCAUUCCAUUGACAUGGUCAGAUGGACAUUUAUGGACUGUGGAUCUUGAAAUACCGAUCGGAAAGUGCAUCAAGUUCAAGUUCAUAAUGCAAGAAAGCAACGGCAAUUUCAUGUGGCAGCCGGGACCUGACCGGAUGGUUGAAUGCUGGGAAACCGUGAACAUUAUUACUCUUUGCGAAGAUUGGGAAGAUCCCGAUUCGCGGAGAAUAUUUGAGACGGGGCCCAUGCUAAAUGAAGUUUUAGAAUCAGCUGCAACCGUAGAUAUUCAGACGGUUGCAGCUAAUGAAAGGAUGCCAGUAGAACUGAUGAGUUCUACUGGUAUCCCAGAACCCAAAGAAUCCAAAGGGUUCACAAUAAAUAUGAAUGAAGUGUUGGAAUCGGACCAAGGAGUGCCUGUUUUAGUCCCUGGUUUGAGUGACUUGCCGAUAAUGGAAACAAAUCGAGAAGGUUCGGUUCAUGAAGCUCCAAAAGAUGAAGUGAAUGGAGCUGUUAUGGCAUCUACAAAGGACCUCAAAUUGCCUGAGUUAGAUUCGAAAGAGGAUGAAAAUGCCUCUAAUAAUUCGAAUCCAAGACCAGAGAUAUCAUCCAUACAUGAAAAUCAAGAUUCUUGCAAGAACCAAUGUCAAGAAAAACAAGUAGGCGAACAACAAGAUAGUCAAGCGACACAAUCAAUGAAAGGUUUGCUUCAAAACGAUCGUCAGUGGGGCAAUAAUUUUGUGCAAAAACUCCUUAGUGUUUUUGGCAUUGGAUAGGCAACUGCUGUUUUUCAUGAAUUCGAUAUAUUGUUGUGUGUAAAUAUUGGAAUUUGAUGAUGAUUGAAACCAUUUGUGCUGUAAGUUAUACAGGGAGGUUUGAUUUCGGUAA